GCAUAGUUUGAUCACCGAUUUUUAAAGUUUCAUAAGAAUUUAUCUUUUCUUAAUUCUAAAAGGAUUUGAAUAUUAUAUUUUCCAUAAAUCAAGAUGAAUGAAUCGGCUGAGGCAACAACGUUGGAUUUAGAAAAUCUGAUUGCAAUGAAUGAAAUGAUUAAACGGACCAAAGGUAAAGAAACAACAUUUCAACAAAUGAAACGUCAAAAAAUUACAUCAUCGAAUCGUGCAUUCAUCGACCCGGAAUUUUAUCAAACAAAUUGCGACCAAAAUUCGAUUGAAACUUUAUUGGAUAAAGGUGCUCACCAACCGGAACGAAUAUUAGCUGUUACGACAUUGGAUGAUCUAGGUCUGUUGAUUUGUUAUCUGGUGAGAUAUACAAAUGGUCAAUUGGAAUUGGUGCCCAAUCGAACUGUUCAUCGUCAUUGUCCGCAGAUGGUAAUCGAUUUUCUGGAAUCGAAUCUCAUAUUUUCAAAUAACGACAAUAAUCCAAAUCUGCCUGAUGAUUUAUUCAAAGGAUUGGAAAAUGCCAAUCAGGAUGAUGUUCAAUUGCCGAAAGAUUCGAAAACUGAAUCUCAAACUCAGACAAACGACAAUGCUGAUUUGGAUGACGAUGAUGAUGAUUUUUAUCAAUUCGAUGAAUUAUCCAAGUGUUUCGAUAUGAAAAAUUUGACCAAUGUCAUCAACAAAUCCACGAAACCACAACAAAAUGAAACCAUUGAAAUUGAUUUUACCGAAUUGGAUGAUAAUGGUUCGAAUCGUUCAACAUCACAAAUUCAUAAGCUAAUCAUCAAUGAGGAUGAUGAUGAUAAUCCCAUAUCUAAACCUGGAACAUCGAAAAGUAUUGAUGAUCAAAUUGAACCAAAAGAAAUCAGUCAUUUGCAAGCACAAGAAAUAGAAUUUGUCAACACUAUCUUUGAUAAAGAAACUAUUGAAGAAUUACUGGAUAACAAUUUAUUGGAUGACGAUCAACUUGUGAUGAAAGAACGUGAUGCUAAACAUGAACAGACGAUGCCUGGUUUGGAUGAAAUCAACGAAACACUUUCUAUGUCAUUCCAUCCGAAUGAUUCGCAAGAAAAAAGCGAUUCGCAAGAAUUAUCAUCCAUUUCACCAGAUAUUAUGGAGCAAUUGCUUAGAUCGGAGGUUCACACCUCGGAUAUGGAUAAACAACCACAAGAAGAAGAAGAAGUGACAAGUGAUGAUCCAAUGGAUAAUAAUUUUUAAUUAUAUUUUCAAGUUUUUCCUAAAUACUAACAAUAGACUAACUGUUUUGAUCUUGUUGUUGUUUGAAAUAUAAUAAAUAUUCUUUGCGAAAUAA